AUGUCUGAACCUGACAAGCCUCGUCAGUCGGUCAAGCGUCAGCUCAAACCCGCUCCCCAACGCCCUGGUCAAGAUGUGCAUUGUCCACGAUUCAAAGCAGAGGUCCACUUUGUGAUUCCAGGAUCCAUGCCAGAAAUCGAGACUCUUCGCAUUCGAACAACGGAUGUUUCUCAGCCUUUCCUGGACCCAAAUUCAAUGCAACAGUCGUGA